AUGAAUAAGGUCCUGACGGCACUUAAGACGGAGCAGCACGCGCUGCUGGAGUCUCCGACCGGUUCGGGUAAGACGCUGGCGCUGCUGUGCUCGUCUCUGACGUUCCAGAAGCAGUUUGUCAAAGACAAAGUGGCGGCACUCAAGAAACAACAGGAAGACCCGAAAUUCAAAGCGCAGGAGGCUGAGAAACAAGCUCAGGAGGCCCAAUUAAGAGCAAUCGAGGCGCAGAUGCAGCUCAUGGAAGCUCAGCAGCAAGUAGAGCAGGCUAGAAAGGCGAGACAACUGAGAGAGGAAGAGGUAGAACACUCUACCCAGUCUACUUUCCAGUCAACCCAAGAGACACAAGCCACACAAGUAGCAGGACACGAGGACGACGUGGCACCCACGCAACCCAGUGCCAAUACCAGCGGCUGGAUGACCACAAGGAAGCGCGAGCUAGAGACAGACUCCGCCAUCGCCAAGAAGAAGCGAGUUCUGCCCAAAUCCUUCGCCUCUGCAGCUAAAGACGCCGAUGUCAAGGUCAAAGCGGAACAAUUCGAUGUUCCCGGCCCCGACAAGCCCAAAACCAAGCGUGUGGUGCCUCCUCGCAUCUUCUUUUGCUCUCGUACCCACUCGCAACUGGCUCAAGUGGUGGACGAGCUCAAGAACUGCCCCGUAUCGUAUCUGGACUCGCCCGAAGACUCCAACACGUACACAAAGCAGCUGCAGACGUGUGUGCUCGGCUCGAAACGCAACAUGUGCGUCAACCGCAAGGUCAACAAAGAUCCUUCACAGGUGGACGAGAAGUGUCGACUGGCACUCGAAGGCGCGUCCUGUUCGUACUUUAGAAAGCGCAAGAAGACGAACGACCUAAGGAGAACUGUGCCGCCUGUUUGGGACAUUGAGGACCUCGUCAAACUGGCUCAGAAACACCGGGAGUGUGCGUAUUUCCACGCUCGUGACGCUCUGGAUCACGCCAACAUCGUCUUCGCUCCUUACAAUUAUUUGCUGGACCCGACGAUCCGGGAGGCGGUGGGCAUCACACUGAAAGACUCGAUUAUCGUACUGGACGAAGCUCACAACGUGGAAGAUACGUGUCGAUCGAGCGCCAGUGUGGAGGUGACUACGGAUGUACUGGCGGCGUCGAUCAAGGCCUUCACGAUCGUCAUCAAGCACGGCAACCGACCGAAGACGUACAACGCGCUGCUCAAGUUGCUGAAUGGGAUCAACCGCUGGUUGCAGAGUGUGGACUCGAACGCCAACGCUAUUCUCCAGCCGUCAGGGUAUGAAGAGAAGAGUAAAGUCUGGGAUGGCGCGGACGCUCUUGCCAUGUUGGCAGAAUACUCAGGACUGACGAAAGAUAAUCUGGCAGAGAUGAAAGCGAACGUCCAAGAAGUGCGAGAGUACGAGAACGAGUUGGGCAACAGCGCAGAGUCCGGUCAGCAGCCGCAGACGCAGGCAACUCAAGACGCUGCGGCAAAUCCGACGGGUGCUUCUGUCCUGUUAGGCGCAUUGGCGUUGGCCACAGUGCAGAGCAUCAUGAACGUGGUCGACUACAUGUUCCGCGAUAGUCUCAAGUUCAUUGACGACUUCAAACUGGUGGUGAUCAAGUCCAAGUCGACGUGGAAGGAGAAUGCGAGCUUCCGAUCCCCUACAAAGAGAAAUGGAGGCGACGAAUGGGAGCUGAAAAUGUGCAUCUGGUGUCUGACUGCGGCCGUGGCCUUCUCGGAUAUUGCGAGUCAGGCUCGUAGCGUUAUUCUGACGUCCGGCGAACUGGGUGUGGACUUCCCCAUUCGGCUGGAAGCCAACCACGUCGUGAAUAUGCGCAAACAAGUGUUUAUCGGGGCUGUGAUGCACGGCCCAGGUAAUGUAGACUUGCAGUCGACAAACCAUCACAUGUUCGAGGAAUAG